GUUCUGGCACCGGCCACGGCCUCCAGCUGUGAGGGGGCACCGCUCCCGAGCUCCAGGUCAGCAUGAUCCCGGGAUUUGGGCCGGUGCCGCAGGCGGUGCUGGGGACGUUGCUCACCUGGGGGCUGACGGCGGCAGGGUCAGCGCUGGUGUUCGUGUUCUCCAGUGGGCAGAGGCGGAUCCUGGAUGGGAGCUUGGGCUUUGCCGCGGGGGUCAUGCUGGCAGCGUCCUACUGGUCCCUGCUGGCCCCAGCCAUCGAGCUGGCCGAGGAGUCCGGCACCUUCGGAGCCUUCUCCUUCUUCCCGGUGGCUGCGGGCUUUGCCCUGGGAGCAGCGUUCGUGUACGGGGCUGACCUGCUCAUGCCAGUGCUGGGGUUCUCUGGCCCUUCCCACGCUGCCCUGGCGCUGAGCUGUGAGCAGCGAGCCCUGAAGGAGAAGCAGGAAUGUCGGGAUGUCGGGAGCGAGCUGUCCAUCAGGAUAGGCAGAGCUGGGCUGCAGCCAGACAAGGCUGAGAACGGGGAGCCGUACCAGCGGAGGAGGGGAGUGGGGUCCCCCCUUGCCGAGGACCCCCCGGCAUUCCCGGCUCCCCGGGACGGAGCCGCCCUGGCCGGGAGCAGCAGCUGGAGGAGGAUCACGCUGAUGAUCCUGGCUAUCACCAUCCACAACAUCCCCGAGGGCCUGGCGGUGGGAGUUGGGUUCGGGGCCGUUGGAAAAUCCGCAUCCGCCACAUUCCAAAGCGCCAGGAACUUAGCCAUUGGGAUUGGGAUCCAGAACUUCCCGGAGGGCCUGGCUGUCAGCCUGCCUCUGCGUGGCGCGGGAUUUUCCACCUGGAAAUCCUUCUGGUACGGCCAGCUGAGCGGGAUGGUGGAGCCCCUGGCCGGCGUGCUGGGCGCCUGGGCCGUGGCGCUGGCGGAGCCGCUGCUGCCCUACGCGCUGGGAUUCGCGGCCGGAGCCAUGGUGUACGUGGUGAUGGACGACAUCAUCCCCGAGGCACACACCAGCGGUAACGGGAAGCUGGCGUCCUGGAGCUCCAUGCUGGGAUUUGUGGUGAUGAUGUCCCUGGAUGUGGGGCUGGGAUAGGGCAGUGCCGCGUUCCCGGAGGAGCCGUCAGAGCCCCGCGUGCCGCGGGAUUGGGACCGGCCGCGCCUCGGCCCGGGACUGGAUCUGUACAUAGAUUUUUUGGGAUCUGGUUUGGUGUUGAUUCCCUCCGAUUUUGUAUCUCCCCCUCCCCUCCGAGUUCCCGACGUGGGUGGGUCCUCCCAGAUCCUGCUUUGGUUUUCCUCUUGGAAGCGGUGUUGGAUGGCGCUGGGCUGGAUUCUCCAAGGAAAGGCACUCGGGGUUUUGAUCGGAGCUUGGGAAUUCCCUGUCCCGUGUGGAGGAGGUGAUAAACCGUGGGAUCGCAGCUCUGCCACGUCCUGCUGCUCCUCGGGAAUUGGUUUGGAUGGAUGGAGACAGUCCAGGCAAAUAAAGAUGAAAUUCCUUGGGAUCUCUGCAAGAGGGAAAUGUCAUUUUUUUUCCUAAAUGUGUCUCCAACGGGCUGUGUCCAAUGAUCCGGGGUUUUCUAUGGGGGAAAAUCCAGCAGGAAAGGAGGAUUUGAGUGUUUUCCAGCACGUGACGGGGCUCCACACUGGCCCUGCCUGGAUGCAAUUCCAUGUGGGGCUCUCCAGCCUUCCCAAGGGAUUCAGAAUUCCCUGAAGAGCCAAGCCAGGGUUAUCCCGGUCACCCCACACCCGCAGGAAGAGCCGAGCCAGCACCGGAGCGUUCCAGGAUGAGCGAGUGAAUCCCUUGGGAUGAAUUAAUUAUCCCACCCGGAGAGCCAGGAACACACACGGGGGUCUCUGCCUCUUCUCCUGCUGCUUCCCAAGCGUUUCUCAUGGAACGGCUCUUCCUGGGAGCUGAGGAUUGAUCCCGGCUGAGCAGCGAGUCCCCCGGCCAGGAGGGAAUUGCUGGGAUUGGAAGGAUGCUGCAAAUCCCAGCUCCCAUCUCCAGCACAAAGGGCUUCCCUGAGCCCUCCCGUGGGAAUAACUGGAUCUCCUGGCUGCCUCCUGCUGCUCAGCCCCUCUGGAAGCGGGGCUGGGAUAUCCCGGAUCCGCCUUCGGUCCUGCCGGGGCCAAAAGUUGGAAUAAACUGAGCUGGAGCUGGCCCUUUUUGUAUGAUCCUUGUUUUUCCAUUGGAUUUCCUUUCUGUGUCCCCCUGGAUGAUCCAAAGCUCC